CGCUCCUGGUGACGUACGGCAGGAAGCGGCGUGCGGCGCGGCCAUGGCGGGGUUCCGGGCUCUGGGGCUUGCGCCGUGGCUGGCGGAGCAGGCACGGCAGGUGGGGCUGAGCCGGCCCACACCCGUGCAGGCCGCCUGCAUCCCGGCCGUGCUGCAGGGUCGCGAUUGCCUGGGCUGCGCCAAGACGGGCAGCGGGAAGACGGCGGCCUUCGUGCUGCCCGUGCUGCAGGUGCUCUCUGAGGACCCCUACGGCAUCUUCUGCCUGGUGCUGACACCCACCAGGGAACUGGCAUACCAGAUCGCCGAGCAGUUCCGCGUCCUGGGGAAGCCCCUCGGCCUGAAGGACUGCGUGGUGGUGGGCGGCCUGGACAUGGUGGCGCAGGCGCUGGAGCUCUCUCGUAAACCCCACAUUGUCAUCGCUACACCUGGCAGGCUGGCGGAUCACCUCCGCAGCUCCAACACUUUCAGUCUUAAAAAGCUAAAGUUCUUGGUUUUGGAUGAAGCUGACCGGCUGUUGGAGCAGGGCUGUGCUGACUUCACGGCAGACUUGGAGGUGAUUCUGGAGGCCGUUCCAGCGCGCAGACAAACGUUGCUGUUCAGCGCCACGCUGACUGAUACGCUGAACGAGCUGAAGAGCCUGGCUGCGAACAGACCAUUCUUCUGGGAGGCUGUGUCCGAGGUGCGGACGGUGGAUGAGUUGGACCAGCGCUACUUGCUUGUACCUGAAGCGGUCAAGGACGCGUACCUAGUCCAUUUAAUCCAGACUUUCCAGGAUGAGCAUGAAGACUGGUCUAUUAUUAUCUUUACUAAAACCUGCAAGGACUGCCAGGUCUUGAACAUGAUGCUCAGGAGAUACAGCUUUCCUUCUGUAGCUUUGCAUUCCAUGAUGAAACAGCGGCAACGAUUUGCAGCUUUAGCAAAGUUCAAGUCCAGCAUUUUCAAGAUUCUCAUUGCCACUGACGUUGCUGCCAGAGGUUUGGACAUUCCUGCAGUACAAGUCGUCAUCAAUCACAACACUCCUGGCCUGCCGAAAAUCUACAUUCACCGGGUUGGCCGGACAGCCCGUGCAGGUCGCAAAGGAAUAGCUAUUACACUGGUGACACAGUAUGACAUCCACCUCGUCCAUGCUAUUGAGGAAGAAAUCAAACUGAAGCUGCAGGAGUACUCUGUGGAGGAGCAGUUUGUGCUUGACAUCCUCACCCAAGUGAACGUCACCAGGAGGGAAUGUGAAAUCGAACUGGAAGGAAUGGAUUUUGAUGAGAGGAAAGAAAUAAAUAAGCGGAAACAAAUGAUCCUUGAAGGAAAGGAUCCAGAUCUGGAAGCAAAAAGGAAGGCAGAGCUAGCAAAGAUCAAGAAGAAAAACAAGCAAUGCCGCGAGAAGCUCCAGCAGACACUGCAGAGGAAAAAGCAGCUGCAGCUGAAGAAGAAACUGCAGAAGAGGAUGGAGCGGCGGAACAACCGGCGUGCUAAGGAAGAGAAAGAACAGCCCUUGGACUGACUUGCUUGGCUCAGACAGCCCUGACGUUGCUGCCACUUUGGGAAUACCGGGAUCUAAUGUGUGUUAAUCUGGACGCUUCUGGGGAAGGUGGGUGAGGGGAGAAGGGACACUUUGAUAAACUGCCUCUGUUAUUUUUUUCUUCCUUCACAACCCUGCUGGCUUGGGCCAUUCCUGGCAGCUGGAUCAGACUCCUGGAAGAACACCUUUCAAGAGCAUGUUUCCUUCCUCCAGCAAAGGAGAGUCCAGACCUGGAUUCUUGGUGACGUGAAGGGAAAUAAAGAUCCUUUCUCUCUCUUCCUCCUUCA